CAUUCGGGCUGGAAGGGCGUGAUCUGCAGGUGGCCCCCUUCUUCAAAAACAAACCCCUACUGUUGCUUAUUCUAUUGUCCAGUUUUUCUGUGGCUUUCGCCUUCGAAAGCUUAUCUGGUAAUCGGAAUAAAUUGUUUGACAAAUCAUAAACUUCAGUGAUUGUAUAUACCAGGUGAAUAUAAUCUGAGAUUGGAUUUCUUCUGUUGACUGUUACCCUGGGCAAUCAUGUCAGUCACGGCAGGUGUCAGUGAUAUUGCCCUAGCUGUCAGGGACAAGCUUAGAGGUAAAAUUGGGCAAACUAAAGUUAAGAGGUAUUGGCCUGGCAAAGCACCCGAGUGGGCAGACGAUGCUGAUGAAGAUGGGGAUAUCAGAAUGGCUAGGGCUGAUGCCCUGGAGAAAGCUUUUCCUACUCAGGAAUAUUCAGAUGUUGCUAGGAAAGAUGAUCCUAGGCUGCGACGUCUGGCUGAGAGCAGGAUUGAUAACCGUGACGAAGUGAGAGCUGAUCACCGGCGCAUCCGUCAAGCUGAGAUUAUUGCAACAGAAGAGGAAGAAACCAGAAGACAAGAAUGGGCAGAUAUGGAGGAAGAGAAUGAGGAAGCAUUGGAGGAAAGAAGAAGAAGAAUUAAGGAGAAGUCACGUUUGAGAGAGCAAGAAGAGGCUGCACUUCCUGCUGAAGAAGAGGAGGAAGAAGUAGAAGAAGAGGAAGAAGAGGAAUCCGAGUAUGAAACUGACUCUGAAGAAGAAACAAUGGGUAUGACCAUGGUCAAGCCCAUCUUUGUGCCAAAGUCUGAGAGAGAAACCAUAGCUGAGCGUGAGCGGCUUGAGGCUGAAGAACGAGCUCUCGAGGAAAAGGAAAGAAGGAAAUUGGAGGAGAGGAAGGUGGAGACAAAGCAAAUAUUGGUUGAGGAGAUUCAGAAGGAAGAACUAAUUCAGAAGAACUUGGAAAUGGAGGCAAAUAUUGCUGAUGUGGACACUGAUGACGAAGUCAAUGAGGCAGAGGAAUAUGAGGCUUGGAAGGUGAGAGAGAUUGCAAGGAUCAAGAGGGAUAGAGAUGAUCGUGAGGCAAUGUUAAAGGAGAAGGAAGAGAUUGAAAAGGUGAGGAACAUGACAGAGGAAGAGAGGAGGGAGUGGGAGAGGAAAAAUCCAAAACCUGGCCCAGCACCGAAGCAGAAGUGGAGGUUUAUGCAGAAAUACUACCAUAAGGGAGCUUUCUUCCAGAAUGAAGCUGAUGACAUUGCUGGUACUGCUGGGUCAGAUGGAAUUUACAAGCGUGAUUUCUCUGCCCCCACUGGGGAAGAUAAGAUGGACAAAUCCAUAUUACCGAAGGUUAUGCAAGUAAAACACUUUGGCCGUAGUGGAAGAACCAAAUGGACGCAUCUUGUCAACGAGGAUACAACUGAUUGGAACAACCCGUGGACACACAAUGAUUCUCUUCGUGCAAAGUACAAUGGAAAAAUGGCUGGAAUGAAUGCACCUAUAGCGAGACCCAGAGGAAGCAAGAAGUUGAAGGAUUGGGGGGUGUGAUAAAUUUUGAGGGUCUCAGGUCAUCUCUGGCUGAAGUCAUUUUAGCUGUUCCGUCUUUAGCAGGAGAUAUUAGAAGGGAUCUGAAUUAUGUAACUGUUAAAAUCUCUAGCUUCUUGGCAGCUAUCAUAUAGGUUCAUGAUCAUGCAUUCACUUAUCUCUGCCCUUUUUAGUUGUGUAACUUUUUUCAAAUUGUGGUGAAGAACAAGAAAUUUAGGCCUUGAUAAUUCAUGAAGAAUUUCACGGUCAAAUAUUGGUGAGAUUUUUCUUUUUUCUUUGUUCUUUUUCCCUAAUUCUAUUUGCCUCUUUCCAUGCUGUGUUUGCGGCCAUUGAAUACCACUUCUGUGGAAAUUGUUUCUGAAUAUUAUUUUAAUAUAAUACCUUAGCUUGUAGAAAUAAUAAUGAAAAAAGCCCAGAUAUGAUGGCUAGCUCUCUCGCUAGUUCCGAUCUAUAACAAACCAAGGCAGCAGCGCCGUUCAACUGAUUUCAGGCGAAGAACGCUUGGUUCUGAAACUGUAAAUUGAACUCCUUUCGGACAAAUAAUUGCUUUCUUUCUCUUCUUUAUGCUCUCCUCUUAUCAAGAUAAAAUUGUUUUCAAACUUCGACUGUCAGGCUUCAGCUUUCUCGAUUGAAAUUAUGAAGAAUGUUAAUUGCGCCGACUUCAAAUUGAAAUCAUAAACUUUAUAUUACAAAAUAAUUAAUUAUUUUUCACUUAAUUAAAUUUUAUCAGAUAUGUAAAAUUCAUAAAACCAUGCACAUCAGCACAUGCAGGCUUUCAAGGCUCAACUUCAAGGGCCUAAGGGACUUAAUACGAAACCGUCUCGGCCCAUUUUAAAACCAAUUAGAAUUGAGAUCUUCACCGUCCCCUUCCGUUGCAAUCCUUCCUUCGCUCGUGGUCAUGGCAGAAGGAGGAGAAGAUUCCAAAGUCAAUUCUCCACAACCUUCUCCUGUAUGCUCCUUUCUUCUAUUUGUGUGCUCCUUUUAGUUGGAGAUAGAUUUUCUCAAUCAAACUUCCUUAAUCGUAUCGAAUGUUUGAUGCAUGUAGCAGUUUCUGGAGGUCAACUGCAAAAGUUUGGGUAAAAUAAGCCGCUUUGCGGCGGGUACCAAGGCAGGAUUUGCAGUGUCUUUGAUAAACAGGAAGUUAGAAACAGGAGCCCCUCUUGUUUCGCAUAUUGAAGCAGUUAAAGAUGAGGAGGAACCGAUAAGUUUUGGGCCAGAUGCGGUUCUUGUGGAUUAUAGCAAUGGCUGGAAGUUGCAGACUGUUACUGAGUUGGAUUUUGGUGGUGUUAGAAAAGCAGAAAGCAUUCCGAUGAUUCCAAGACAAGCUCCUAAUGUGAGUUCUGAUGGCCAACGUCCAACAAAGCUAGUUCCUAAAUCAGGAGUCAGUUCUCUGUACAUUGGAAAGAUAUUACUUGCCUUUAUUUUUAUUUUUGUACUGGGUGCAAUUUUUACAUUGGCCCUGGAGAAUCUUCCAAGUUUGAUACUGUUAAUUAACUCACGUAUUCAACACUAAUUGAUAUUCCUGAACAUAUAUUUAUGAUUCAGAAAAUUACUUCCAAA